GGAGAAAAGGACGGGACGCUGAGGUCGCGCAGGCGCACGGUAGCAGCCGCAAUGGCGCUGCCGGGCUCCUUGAAUCGGUAUCUGCUGCUCAUGGCACAGGAGCACCUGGAGUUCCGCCUGCCGGAAAUAAAGUCUUUGCUAUCACUGUUUGGAGGCCAGCUCACUUACAGCCAGGAAACUUAUGGAAAGUCUCCAUUUUGGGUUCUGAGCAUCCCGUCUGAAGAUAUUGCUAGAAGCUUAAUGAAACGGACCGUGUGCGCCAAGUCUAUAUUUGAACUAUGGGGUCAUGGAAAAUCUCCCGAGGAGCUGUAUUCUUCUCUUAAAAAUUACCCUGUGGAGAAGAUGGUUCCGUUUCUACAUUCAGACUCCACAUAUAAAAUAAAGAUCCACACGUUUAAUAAAACACUGACUCAAGAAGAGAAAGUCAAGCGGAUCGAUGCACUCGAAUUUCUUCCAUUUGAAGGAAAAGUGAAUUUAAAGAAACCACAACAUAUAUUCUCUGUUUUGGAGGACUAUGGUUUGGACCCAAACCGCAUUCCUGAGAAUCCACAUAAUGUUUAUUUUGGUAGAUGGAUUGCAGAUGGGCAAAGAGAGCUAAUUGAGUCAUACAGUGUCAAAAAGAGACACUUUAUUGGGAAUACAAGUAUGGAUGCUGGUUUAUCAUUCAUCAUGGCCAACCAUGCGAGGGUGAAGGAAAACGAUGUUGUCUUUGAUCCAUUUGUUGGAACAGGUGGCCUCCUGAUAGCAUCUGCUCACUUCGGUGCAUAUGUGUGCGGGACAGACAUAGACUACAACACGGUGCACGGCUUGGGAAAGGCUAGUAGAAAGAACCAGAAGUGGCGAGGACCAGAUGAAAACAUCAGGGCAAAUCUUCGUCAAUAUGGCUUAGAGAAGUUUUAUCUUGAUGUCUUGGUUUCCGAUGCGUCUAAGCCUUCCUGGAGGAAGGGAGCCUAUUUUGAUGCAGUCAUCACAGAUCCUCCAUAUGGUAUCAGAGAAUCUACAAGAAGAUCAGGUUCACAGAAGGAAAUACCAAAGGGAACAGAAAAAUGUCCAGAAAGCCACGUUCCUGUCUCUUUGAGUUAUCACCUGAGUGACAUGUUUUUUGACCUAUUAAACUUUGCUGCUGAGACCCUCGUACUGGGUGGAAGACUAGUCUAUUGGUUACCAGUAUAUACACCAGAGUACUCUGAGGAGAUGGUGCCUGGGCACCCCUGCUUGCAGCUCAUUAGCAACUGUGAGCAGAAGCUUUCCAGCCACACAGCAAGGCGCCUGAUCACGAUGCAAAAGGUGAAGGAAUUUGAGAACCGGGACCAGUAUUCACACCUGCUGAGUGAUCAUUUUCUGCUAUACCAAGGUCAUAAUUCCUUUCGUGAGAAAUAUUUUAGUGGUGUAACAAAAAGGAUUGCCAAAGAAGAAAAGUCUGGCCAGGAGUGAAAUCAAUGAUGUUGACAAUCAAGAAAGCAUAAGAAUUUUAUGGAAAAGGCCUUUGGAUGUGAAUUUGUGUAUAUGAUCUAGAAAACCUAUGCUGUUUUAAAAAUUUUAUAUAAAUAUUAUUAAUCUGAAUUCAAUAAUUUCAAAAUGGUCUUUGCUUUAGAGACUAUUUUGAUGUUAUGUGUCUUUUGAACCUGGUAAAGUGUCAGGGGCUGAUAAGUAAAUAAAUGAAUGAAUGAAUAAAUAAAUAAAUGUAUAGACAGGCUCAGUGUUUAUAUUUUUUACAAAGAAAAUAUUGUUAACUUUUAAUCUGUAUCUACCAGAUAUAGGUAAGCAGUUAAUAGUGAUUUAGACUUUACUCAUUUUGUAAAUUUGCUUGGAUUGCUUUUGUCGUAACCUUUUUUAUUGCCACCAAUAAACUGUACUGGAAGUUUCUAAAAA